GUCUUGUGUCAAUAUCGUUGAGAGGAAGGAAGAAGAUGGGAGCUUUUGCUGUUCAUUUAAAUCUGUGCCAUGGUAUUGAGCAAAAAUUAACCAUAUCAUGAAGUGAAGAAGACAAAACCAGCAGCCAUGUUUUCCCUCAGGCGUGCGAUAAUACGAAACUUUGGGGGAUGGAAGUAUUUUAUCAUGUGGAUCUUGGCGCUCUCAGUGGCUAUCUACCUCAUUGACAGCUAUUUGAUGCCAAGCAGACCCGUCUCCAAGCUUCUGAAAGAUGCUUCCGCCACUCCUGGCACUGUGCAUGUGUUGAAAACAGGGGCCGCCCCCUUACAAAGUGUCCCCACUGCUGUCCUUAAAGUAGACAAACCCAAAGAGGGUCCCAAAUCUACCCCUGCCCCCAAGGCCAGACAGCCAGAGGAACCGGCCAAACUGGAGCACCAUGAUAAUGCUCCUAAGAAAGAAUUGAAGUUGGUCUCCAAGUGCCACUUGCGGACCCCCUGCGAGGCUGGAAAGUUCUCGUUUUACAUCGGUUCAGGCCACGGGAAGGAAGACAGCGGGGAGCAGCCAGUGAUCUGUAUCGAGGAUAAUUUUGUCAUUAACAGAGAGAAUAAGAAGGGCAAGCGUGGUUUGACAGUGGUGGUGGUGGACAAUAAGACAGGGAAAGUUCUGGAAGAUAAGGUUUUUGACACUUACUCUGAUGAUGCCCCACUGGUUCGUUUCCUAAAGUACGAUGUACCUGAUGAUGCUUUCAUCCUGGUGGCAAGCUACGAUGAUGCCUCAACUAGACUGAAAGAUGAAUCUCGGUUUCUGCUGAAGAAGUAUGGCAGUCAGCACAUAGACAAGUUGAGCUUCAGAGAUUUGAAGUUGCUAGCCAAGAAGAUACUCCAAGAAAUGGGCAGCAGCUUAGUUGACACACUGGGUCUUCGUGAUGCUUAUUUCUUUAUAGGGCAAAAAAGCAUCUCAGGGGGCAAGUCUGAACAUGAACAGGUGAGCUAUGUGACCCCGCCCAGUGAGUGGCCAACACCCAUUGAAAAGAAACUGUGUAUACCCAAAAAAUUGGAGGGCAAGACCAUCAAAAUCGACCCAGUGGCCAGAAGGAAUGAUAAGCGCAGGGAAUUUUGCAAGAAAUAUGAAGGCUACGGGGAUUUCUGUGAAGGCAAUCGCUUGGAUGAAGCUCUCACGCCAGCACCCCUGUCAGAUAAGGCGUUGGAAGGAAGUGCAAUAUUUAAAGUGCCAAUUGUUAUAGUACCAGGACUGAGUCCAGUUUCCCUGAGAAAACUGCUGGACACUGUCUUAAUGCAGCCUGGGCUCAACCCCCAGUAUGUGGUGGUGAUGUGUGAUGAGAAAUUCCCAGAGCAAGAAGCCCUGGGGGCAUUGUAUGGGUUCAAAGUACAAAGACUGUCCAGUAGCACAAAGUAUGCAGAGCAAAUAGGGAAGGCCUUAGAGAGACAGGAGGGUCUGUAUGAUGUAAAUAAAUAUAUCAUUCUCCUAGAAGAAGACUUGCUGCUCUCAGCAGAUUUUUUGAGUUUCAUGGCUCAACUACUCCCCGUGUUGGAAAAAGAUCAAAGUUUAUCUGGAGUGUCAGCCUGGAAUGAUAACGGAUUUAAAGAAGUAGGGGGAGAUGCUCAGACUGUGAUGAGAGAGGAGACAUUUCCAGGACGAGGUUCUCUGAUCAGGAAGUCCUUCUAUCAGACACACAUGAAGGGGAAGAUGAAGGACUGUUGUAUCAAGGGUACGUGGCAUGGCUGGCUGGCACAGCUGUGGGGAGACAGUGAGAUGUUGGUUCCAGAGGUGUCCAGGGUGUUCAGGCAGCAAUAUGAAGGGUCAGCAGAAGAUGCAGAACUUAUGCAAGCUCUAUUUAAUAAACCUAGACUCACUAACUUAGAUGCUAAUGUCAAGGUCAAAGGUCACGAAGCACUUACAAAGGACCAAUACGAGCAGUUGUUACAAAAUCUUAUCAAGACAGCUGAGUUUGUAGAGGGCAGCACUGUGACAGACUGCCUGAAUGCCAAGUCAGAUUCUGUCAAGUUACCUGAUACCUCAAAGGGUAGCUAUGUACUGGUCUACCACCAGAGCAGUGCUACAGACUACCAAACACUGCAGGUGCUGGCCAAGUGUUUUCACCUGUUCUGGUACCCCAAGGCAAGCCCCAGGGGUCUACACAAGGGGGUGUUGAGGUUCAGCAAUAAGGGGAAGCCGGUACUCCUGGUGGGAUCUGAGGGCCCGUAUAGAUCAUUGAUCCCAACCACUUAUAAACUCAUCAAGGCACCGUGAUAUAGCGGAGAAAGGGGGGAUGACACGCUGAUAAUGAAACUGAGAUCAGUCCAGAAAACUGAAAAUGAGAGAGAGAAGAGACAAGACUGAUUGGUGAUGAUUUGAGGGAGAUCUUUUUAUCAUUCCUUACUCAGGAACAGGUCACAUAUAAUUAACACAGGUCCACGUCAACUAGUCACUGC